AUUCACAACUAAUACUGUGAAAGAAUAAUCUAUGCCAAGCUCCUAUUAUAACAUUGCUGGAAGAAGAAAAUCAGCGAUUACAUUUUUUUCAUUUUUUAAGAAAAGAAAGACGGAUCGGGAAAUGUAACUGGGAGUUUUCGAAAUUAUGUACAUAGACUGUGGUAGUGUUUAGUGGAGUAUAUACAUAGUGCUAUGCACAAGAUUGCAGUGUGAACGGACGCAACGGUAACAAUCGUGCGCUGAAUUGACAAUGAGACUUACUAUCUCAUCAUAGAAGAAUCUUGCUUAUAUUUGAACGCACGAACGUUCAACAUUUGGCAUGUCGACAAGAAUUUAAUAGGCUUAGACGUACUACUACUACAUAAGACGUUGAUCUAUAUUCAUGUCAUUGUUUAGUUUCUUGAAAACUCUUGAACUUUUCAAUGUCCGGCAAUAUCAUUCUAGUAAUUUCUGCAAAUUACUUGAGAGUCAUUUAUAUAUGUGUGAUAUUAUUAAUACGAGUACUGAAAUUCAACUCCUUUUAGUAGAUGUAACUUGUGCAGUUUUACUCAGGCUGGAAAAAUAUGUUGUGAGAACUUGCUCGCCAUGUCUGUUCGUCUGUCUGUCCGUCCGUGACUUCAUGUUUUCGUCGACGAGAAAAUGCGCACUUAAGUGAUCGAGCAUUUCAAGUGAAACUUUUAAUUCCGCGCUUCCAAAAAGCGGUUGAAAGCGCAUAUAUUUUUAUUCAAGCUUUAUGCAACUCACUGUGGCCAAAUCGUUAUUUUGACUGUUUUUUUUAUCUGUUUUACUCAUCUUAUUCUGCUGCGUCUGUAGUGCUCUGGAGAACCUAACUGAGGUGUAUAAACAACGGACGUGUUUCUUAAAAUAUAGCAAUUAGAUGGCGGCUGCGUGAGAGGCACCUAGCUAUAACUGUUUACACUCUGCGCGUGCCGCCGCAGCAGCAGCAGCAGCAUCAGCAUGGCGCUGUUCAUCUCAGUGAUCGCACUUCUCGCGCCUCUAAGUGCCGCUGUAGACGUGCCGGUCGUGUCUCUGGAGGGCACAGCAAAGAACGAGAACUACCUGCUCGUAGGACGUCAGUACAAAAUGACUUGCUCGUUCAGGGCAGGGUACGACGACCACGUCUCGGCUGUCAGGUGGCAGCUCUACGGCAAGAACGUCUACACGUGGGACGCUGCAGCUGCUGGCGUCACCGUGACGCCACCGUUGUUGGGGCACGUAUCCCUAAAGCCUGAGGGCCCCGCGCCUCACAACAUUGAGGUGACCGCGCCCAGUCUGGCGAUGGCCGGCGACUACAUCUGCAGCGUCCAGUCCACCAAGGGGACUGUCAGGAGUGAAGCAAUCACCAUAUAUGUUAUUGAUAUCAGCAAUGGAAAAUAUGAAACUCACGUGGACCUUUUGAGCAACAUGCUGCAAACAACAAUUUCCUUCACAACAACAACGACCACUCUUGCUCCCAUCGAACUGACUCCUUCGAACUCAAGCACAACCACUGUUAUCCCUCCUUCGCCGGCACCGCUGCCACCAGCGCAGUCAACAGUCACAACGCCUCCUUUGAAGCCGCUGCCUUUUACCUCCUCUUCGACUAAAACUCCUGCAACGCCUCCUCCACCAUGGGUCCCACACGGACCUGCGUCACCUCCCCCUGAGUGCAUCCUCGUUUGGUGGUUCCGAACCCCGCCCAUUGCUCCCCGUCCACAAAUCAAGUGCGGGUUUUAUGACUACACAUCAAACGAUGUCGCCGAAGAAAUGCCGGGAGGUCUUCACAUGUUCCAACUGCCGAGCGGCGCCUGGCAAGCCCAAAUUGACAGCACUCGUAUUCCCAUUGCUUCAAUUCCACCAAACCAUCGCCUGGGCUGUAUCGUGACCAUUCCGGACACCUCGUACCGAGAGGUGGUAAAAUUUGAGGAUGGGCUCACGGUAGAUCAUGAGAUUGACUCAGUCGGCUGCCCAAGUCUGGACGAGUUGAGUGAUCUCUAUGGCUUUAUUCUGAGCAUAAGAGGUGCAGUUACGAACUGCAGAGGUGACCACGUACCAGAGUCUGAGUCGCAGCCAGCAGUGGCAACUGUAAAAUGUCCAUCCGCUGCCAUCUUCAAAAAUGGGACCCUAGAUACGAAAUGGACGUUGAGAUUGGAGUGCGUAACAGGACAAACGUCUUGGAAAAUUGGUACUGAAAGAUCGGUUAAAAAAGAUUCGCCCCUUGCCGAAGAAGAUAUGUCGGAUCCAAUGCUUGCUCAAAUGUCUGACGAACUAAUCAAACGAACUGACUUCGAUUUUCGUACUUACGGUUGGCCGUUUUGUAUUGGAGGAACACAAUCGCUCCUGUUAACGAAAUCGAUUUCUUCAUUGCUAUUAAUCUUCCUACCGCUUUUGAUUUGGCUGGUCCCAUCAGUUUUGACCUCCUAACUGCUUCCAUAAUGAGCGAAUUUCAUUCUUCUCAGGGUUUCGUAAUAUCAAUCUGUGAAUGUGCAUCGAAUCAACUUGUAAAAUCAGCUCAAGUUCGAAUGCAUUUUAAACUAUUAUUCCGUGGGCCACACCUUUUAUAUCGUAGUAAGUUCACUUGUUGCAAUUGUCUAAGUAUAGUUUUUGGAGAACACGGAAAAGUGGAGGAGUUUGAAAAAAUACUUUGCCCAGAACACUGAAAUGUUGAUCAAUAUUCAAUCAACGUCAACAGUCUUGUAUUACCCAUUUUACACUAAUUUAUUUUGGCAUUCUGAAAAUACUUUCACAGUUCACGCUCGUCCUUAAAUAUGCAAUUCAAAUAUCGGAAACAAUAACUUGCACGUCAUCUUCAGUCGCACUCUCCAAACGGUUCUGAAUGAACCCAAGCUUCUCCAAUGUUCGGGUUAUUUUGUCUUGCGUGAAUUUUUAUUUUGAGUAAGAUUAUAUUAAUUAAAAUUUUAAUCGUACUGCCAACAAUCAAGUGCCGAAUGCCUUUCGCACCUUCAUCGCAAAUGAAUACUGUUAUUCCCGUUGGGAUUUUCAGUCACUGCCUCUGUUUUACGAUUUUAAGGCUUGCUAAAUAUAACGAUAGUUUAGGCAAAACUGUUACAUUGAUUACAACGUUCAACUGCAAAAAUUGCAGAUAAGGUUUAUGUCGAAUUUUCAUUUAAAAUCAUAAUUUUGACGAAACUAAGCAGACACACGAAAAAACGUGCACGAAAAAUUUGUUUGACUUCAUAUUUUUUAUACAAAUUGUAAAUUCAUCAGUAAAGCUGUUCAACGUUUAAUGCAUUGGUUAACGCAAUUAUUGCGCUUUGUGAGUAAAUUGUAUAUUUCAUCCAAUACAUAACAAAGUAUUUCAUCAUAAUUAAAAAUCAACGCAUAAAAUGUACCUUAAACAUUAACUAUAUGCCAAGUAUGUCAUUUCUGCACAAUCUUCUUCUUGCCAAACUAGUUGUAAUUGCUUUUAGGAACUUGAAUUGCAUUUAAAUAGCCCAAUGUUUCCAGAAAUCUUAUGGUUCAAAAGGAAUUGAUUAUUCUUCUUAUACGUCUUAAUGUUGAUUGGUCGCAUGAAAUUGAUGCUGGGUCGCAGAGCUUUUAUUCACUGCAAGAGAGAGGUUAAACUUGCUGGUCGAAUUGAUCUCUAGACAUGGGCAAACGAUCAAAUCGUUUUGAUCCUCGCUCGAGCAACAUGAAGAGCUAUGAACUGCCCUUCUCGAAUGGCUUCUUAAGCGAUAUACUGGAUGCUACAGUUGCAGUCUAAGUUAAAAGUAACCAUUCUGCGGAGAAAUAAAUUCUCUUGCGUAGGAUGUAUUUUUCAUUCUAUAAUGUUGAAUAAGAUUGGUGUGUUUCCUUAACGCUGUAGCGCCGAAUCUGUAGACAAGAUCACGACCGGUUUCUUGAGAUUUUGUUAAUAAAAAUAAAAAUGUAAAUAACUUUCUUUUAAGUGUUAAAAAUAUUUUCUAUUCAAAUGCUUUUAAUGACUAAAUGCUUCCCAGAUAAAUGUUUUUUUAUUGAAAUGCUGUUAUAUACGAGUAUAAUGAAAUUUCUAAUAGAUAUUUUAAGCUUCUUUUUACCUUCGCAACGUGCACCAUAGGUUAUAAGUACCCUAAAACGGAGUGACUUGGAUCAUUUUUAGCGCUGGUACUUUUUGUGAUGUAGCGGGGAACCACUAUACCAUGUACUGGCCACCAAAUCUGAAUAUC